AUGAUUCCAACAGUAGCACGCGCCUUCACAAACUCCGCAAGAUCGAACAGACACGUCGCAGUACUCGGCGCAAACGGCGGUAUCGGACAGCCAUUAUCACUCCUCUGCAAGCUUAACAACAGCGUCACCAAGUUGAGCCUUCUUGACUUGAAGGGAGCUCCAGGUGUGGCUGCUGACUUGUCACACAUCCCAACCACCGCCCAAGUCAAAGGAUUCAACCCAGAAAACAUCGGCGAUUGCCUUAAGGGCGCUGAAGUCGUCAUCAUCCCAGCUGGUGUCCCAAGAAAGCCAGGCAUGACCAGAGACGAUCUCUUCAACACUAACGCAUCUAUCGUUAGAGACUUGGUUAAGUCUGUCGCAGAACACGCACCAAAGGCUUCAAUCCAGGUAGUUUCAAACCCUGUCAACUCAACCGUCCCAAUCGCCGCUGAAGUUUUGAAGAAGGCUGGCGUUUUCGACGCUAACAAGCUUUUCGGUGUUACCACGCUCGACGUCACCCGUGCAUCGACCUUCAUUGCUGAGUCAUCUGGCAAGCCUUCUGAAGGUCCAAGCUACAAUGUGCCUGUCUACGGUGGUCACUCAGGCAAGACCAUCCUUCCACUCAUCUCACAAGCUACUCCAAACACUCAACUCCAGAAGGAAGCACACGAAGCCCUCGUCAACAGAAUCCAAUUCGGUGGUGACGAAGUUGUCAAGGCAAAGGAUGGUGCUGGUUCAGCUACCCUCUCAAUGGCCUUCGCUGCAGCCAAGUUCGCUGAUGAGUUCAUCCAAGGCUUAAACGGCAAGGCUAUCACUGUUCCUUCAUUCGUCAACCUCAACCACGUCCAAGGCGGUAAGGAAGUGCAAAAGGAACUCGGCAAGGACCUCGAAUACUUUUCAGUUCCAGUCACUCUCGGUCCAAACGGUGUCGAAAAGGUUUCCUCUAUCGGCCAAAUUUCUGACUACGAGAAGCAGCUCUUCUCUGAGGCUCUCGAUGAGCUUGCAAAGAACAUUGAGAAGGGUGUCAGCUUUGCCAACUCCAACUAA